AUUUUAUUUUCGAACACAGGCAAAGAAGAUUAAGUUAUUUUAAUUUUCUCGUCAACAUAACAUGCAUUUGUAAUUAGCUAAAACAGAAAUGGUUUCUUGAAUUUAACCGUUUAUCACACGUUUCUCUUAAUAACAUUAAAAACAAAUUUACAACCUGGCAAUAGGUUAGGUUAAUGUCAAAAAUUACGUGUACGUAAACAUAGCGGUCCGUUCAAAAUAUUGUUGGGACUUCUAAACAAGUGACAUUCAACUGUGAACAUUUUUAUGAAUAAAACAAAGUUUACAAGUAGUUAAAACCAGAAUGAAUAUUAUCGAAAGAAAGAAACAGAAAAGGAAGGAUCAAAUAGCAUCCGAAAUGGAAAACGGUGAAGUGCCAUUAAUACAAAGCAAUAUCAAAGGGGAUCGAUGGAAUAUUGCCUUAUUAUUAUUUUUGUAUACUCUUCAAGGCAUACCACUCGGUUUAAGUGCCGCAAUUCCUAUGAUACUUCAGAACAGAGGCGUCAGUUAUAAACAACAAGCUGAGUUCAGUUUUGUAACGUGGCCCUUCAGUUUGAAACUAUUAUGGGCUCCAUUAGUGGAUGCAAUUUACUCAAAUAGAAUUGGCAGAAGGAAGACCUGGCUAAUUCCAACACAAUACCUCAUAGGGUUCUUUAUGAUAAUUCUCAGCAGCCAUGUGGACCAAUGGCUGGGUGACAAUGGCAGUCAACCGAACAUUGAAAUUUUAACCUUACUGUUCUUCUCACUUAAUUUCCUAGCUGCUACACAAGAUAUAGCAGUUGAUGGAUGGGCUUUAACAAUGCUGAACAAGAGAAAUGUGGGCCAUGCAUCUACAUGUAACAGUGUGGGUCAAACUGCUGGCUUCUUUUUAGGCAACAUACUGUUCAUGGCUCUUGAAUCAGCCAGUUUUUGUAACAUGUAUUUACGUCAUGAACCGUCAGACAAAGGAAUAGUGACCCUUGCGGGUUUUUUAAAUUUCUGGGGUUGGGUAUUUUUGAUCACAACAACUCUAGUGGCGAUGAUUAAAAAGGAAUUGCAGCACGUCGACUCCGAGCACGAAACUGCGCCUGAAAAAGACAUAAAAACGGCCUACAAAUCUCUGAGGGACAUUUUGAAACUGAGAUCUGUACAAGGUUUAGUUCUUGUGCUGUUGACAUGCAAGAUCGGAUUUGCGUCCACUGACAGUGUGAUGGCCUUAAAGCUGGUCGAAGCGGGUAUACCUAAGGAAAGGCUUGGUUUGAUGGCCAUUCCUUUAAUUCCAGUCCAAUUAGCGUUGCCCUUGGUAAUAGCAAAAUAUACUACAGGACCAAAACCAUUGAACAUUUUCGUCAAGGCGAUACCGUAUAGAUUGGCAUUUGGAUUCGUUGCCGCAUUUAUGGUGUGGAUUACACCUACACUAGUACCUGAUGCUUCCCAAGGACUGCCAAUUUCUUAUGUAGUUUUCUUAAUUUCCUGCUACGCCCUACAUCAGAUUUGCGUAUAUUGCAUGUUUGUUGCCAUUAUGGCCUUCUUUGCAAAAAUCAGCGACUCCUCGGUGGGCGGUACGUACAUGACGUUGUUGAAUACCGUGACGAAUUUGGGCGGCAAUUGGCCCACCAUCCUCGCCCUGUACUUUGUCGAUCCGCUCACGAGCAAGCAGUGUGUUGGGGGCACGGAAAGUCUUGACAACGCCUGCAGGAAUCCAUUAGAAAAGGAACUGUGUACAGCCAAGGGCGGCAAGUGCGAAACAAUUCUGGAUGGAUUCUACAUAGAGACGGUGAUCUCUGCCGUUGUUGGGUUCGCAUGGUUGUAUCUGUGGGGUAAGAAGAAAAUUCAGCACAUUCAGUCGCUGAACGAAGCCGCGUGGAAACUGAACAAGAGGAAAAGAUAGUGUUGUAUCGAAAUAGUCGAAAUAGUCACCAAAUGAAUUCCAAUGUAGUUGAGUGCAGGAACGGGAAUUUAAAUCUGACUGAAGCUGAAGUAAUGGGACCAUGUGAUUUGCACUUAACAUAUUUGUCAAUCGAUUUUGUUUAUGGUUUAAAAUUAUUUGUUAAAUAUAUGUAAAUAGUUUAUUGUUGUUGGUUUUGGGUGCUGCAGUAUUUUUAGUUGAUUUACAUUACUGUGUUCGAACUUCCGAAAACAUUAAAAACUAAUAAUGUUUCAUUAGAACUGUAAUGUUGAUCAAUAGUUUUAUAUUAAAUUAUAUUUAUUACAAAAGUACUAAAUAAAUUUGUACAUAUUUAUUAAUUUCUAUAGCGAUAAUAGGAGUUUAAAGCACAAUAAUAGUCAUGAUACGUAAAGUUGAACUUUUUUGUUUCUAAACAAUUUACUGUGAUAUAGAUAGUUGAUUUAGAAACACUUUAUUAUAACUUUAUUAUGUGGUAUGAAUUAUUUGACUGUACAUGACAAGUAUAAUUUUUAUAUAGAACUCGAUAUAGAGAAGUUGAAGAGACACUGUUAAGAUAAUAUUGAAAAUUUUUAUGUGAAUUUGUGAUUUGCCAAUAUUGAAUUGAAAGUUUAAAGUUAAGAAAGCGCCAUUUGAUUAGCAAAAAAGUUUUGUCGUUGUGCAGCACGUUGCGCUAUGUUAACAAUAAAUAAACAUGCUAUAUUUCAUUGUUUGGCUAACUUAAACGCAGAAGAUGUACAGUAUUAUAUCGAGUUAACAGUGCUCUACCAAUUAUAGUAAAUUUAUGAAUUGUCGUGUUGUGAAUUUUUUAGCAAUUUUUAAAUAAUGUGAGACAUUAAUAAAGUGAUUUUUAUUUUGAA